CAAGUAGUAAAAACUGUAACAAACUUGUUGUGAUAGGUGUUUUACUUUUAGAGAACUAUUUUUUCUCAUUAGUUGCUAAACAUAUGCACAUUUAAUUGUAAUUUCAUUAUUUAACCGCAGCUACCCAACAUAUAUAGAUUCUUCUACUUAGUCAUUAGUGUUGGUAAAAUGGUUUUGUUAUUUCAAUUUUUGGAAAUUAGGUAUUCUCAGCUGAUUAGGUAAACUCCAGUCCAAACGCCGAAACGAAUCACUGAAUCUCAGUGACACACUGAAGACUUGAUAAUUUGUUCUUUGAUCCAUCCAUCCAUCAAGACACGUGUUCUUUGUUUGCUGAUCCAUCCAUCCAUCCAUCCAUUAAGACACAUGUUCUUUGUUUGCUGAUCCAUCCAUCCAUCAAGUAAUACAGACACCUAUCCAAGCAGGAUGGAAAGUUUGUUUGAUGGCCUUUACAAGUGGGCAGCUCCAUUGUUCAUCCUUCUAGUCUUACUAUGUCUUCUGUACACCUAUGGCAAGCAACCUUAUGGCCUGUGGAAGAGACUGGGUGUGAAUGGACCUGAGCCCACCGUUUUGUUUGGAAACAUUCAAGACCUGUAUGGCCCGGAAGGUUCCAGGACAGCCUACUCCAAGUGGCAGUCAGAAUUUGGCAGAGUCUAUGGCAUCUACUUCUUCAGGCACCCUGCUCUAGUCAUCACAGAGCCAGAACUAAUGAAGCAAGUCCUGGUGAAGGACUUCAACGAUUACCGUGACAGAAUGGCUUACGACAAAAGUAUUUUGUUGAACCAUGAGGUUAGCACUGGACUUUUUUUUGCCCGGGGUGGGGAGUGGAAGAAAGUUCGAAGUAUUUUCACACCAUCUUUCAGCCUGUCUAAAGUCAAAUCUAUGACCUACAAUGUGAACAGGAGCGCGGAGAGACUUGGGGAGCAUGUGCUUAAACUGGCCCGUGAGGGCACCCCGUGGGGGGCCAAGCUGUUCUACGGAGCCUACGCCAUGGAUGUGGUCACUGGCACCGGCUUCAGCAUUGACGUAGACUCUGUCAGUAACCUUGACGAGCCUUUCACAAGACACGGACGGAGUCUUUUUAUUUAUAAAAAAACUGUCAAACUUUUGGCUUUCUUGAGUGGAGCAUUCCCAGCGUUGAUGUCACCUAUAACUAAAACUUUUAAAAUUGGAUUUUUUAAGAGGGACGACAUGGAUUUUUUCUAUGAGAACUUGACACGCAUGAUUGAUGCUAGGAUGAAUGAGGAGAAAAUCAACGAUAUUUUUCAAAGUUUUAUCAACGUGCAGAGUGACGAGGCAGCAGGCGGGUUGAACCGGGAUGAAAUUGUUGCACAAGGCAUCAUGCUGUUCAUCGCUGGCUAUGAGACAGCUUCUAGCACCCUGCAGUUUUUGACCUAUGAACUCGCUAAACAUCCUGAAGCUCUGGAGAAAGUCAUAGCAGAAAUUGAUAACAUCAUUGGAGACAAAGAGCCGAGCUAUGACCUGUGCUCCAACUUAAGAUACACAGAGGCGGCCAUCAAUGAGACCUUGAGGAUGUACCCCCCCUUGUCUGUACUAACUAGACAGUCCAACAAACCUACAACACUGAAUGGCAUCGAGAUUCCUGCGGAGACUGGCUUCAUCAUGCCCCUGUUCAACAUCCAACGUGACCCUGAGUACUGGCAGAACCCAAACAGCUUCAACCCCGACAGGUUUGUUGAGGGCAGUCCGUCCUUCACGGCCUACGACCCCUUCACAUUCAUCCCGUUUGGCAUCGGCCCCCGCCUGUGUAUCGGCAUGAAGCUGGGGAUGUUGGAGAUGAAGCUGGCACUGGUGCACAUCUUGAGGAGGGUUGUCUUCACUAAGGCCACACCAGAACUAUUGCACAUCAACGACUUCACAUCCAUACUGCAGCCCUCGCAGCCAAUCAUGAUUUAUGCAAAGCCUCGUUGAGCAGUUUUACAGUGAAGAUAUUAAAGCUAAAGUCAUAAUUUCAGUAACUGCGGUCCAAUCAAGAUUUAUGAAAAGCCUCGUUGGGAGUUUUCAUUCAACGACAUAAUUUCAAUUGGUGCAGCUAAAAUAGUUUGCAAGUUUAUGCUAACAAAACAGAUGUUAUAUUUCUACACUGUUUUCAGCUUAAAGUGAUAUCAAUGUUGCUGUACAGUACUUAUAUUAGCACUGUCUAAAGUCAAUGCUACUAGUCUCCUCUAUUUAAGCUUGUUUAUUAUUGGGGCUUUAUUGUUGAGGCUGUUGUAAAAAUCUCUGUAUAUUUUUAACUUUUUUAAUAUAAUUUAUAUUAUAUUAAAUAGAUUGAAGCAUAA